CCGCGGUCGUCCGCCGACUCGACGCGGCGCUGACGUGCAUUACGCUAAACCAGUGUUUCUACUGUGAAAUCAGAAUCAGCCUGUUAUUUCGUUAUUUGUUUAUAAAGUCACCUAAAGAUUCGAUCGGACGGCAUCGGCCGCAUGAACUACUACGUGUGUGUGUGUGGAAUGAAUCGACUGCUUUUGUGGAACAGGUCGGCCGUGUUCGUUUAUGUGCUGAAUGGUGAUUAAAAGUAAUUUACUUUGCGUUUACGGUGUUGAGGGUGCGUAUCGAUCAGUUAUCGAAGGACAGAAAGGAUUGUUGUGGUGGCACGGAACUCACGGAAGACGGAAAAGGUACUGUGCAGUGCAAGCCGGGAUGUGUACAGUGAUGGUGUAACGUGCCUGGACGCACAGUGUUUGUGUUAACUAUAGUGCUAAAAGUGUUCAUGGAUUGUGUCUAUUUUGGAUUGACAUAGCGAGUCCUCGAGAGAUCAACUUGAGAACGGGCUACAAUGGUGUUGUCGUGUGCGGGGCGCGAGGGGGCGGGCGCGGCGAGUCGGCGCGCAUGGCUGCGUCAAUGAGGGAGGGCGCGCCGGCCGGCGGAGCUCGCCCCGCGCCCCACGCGACCAACUUCGAGUACGAUGACAACGAGUGGGACAUAGGCAUCGGAGACCUCAUCAUUGACCUCGAUGCCGACAUAGAGAAAACUGACGAGGCGGGCGGCAUGGCGGCCCGCGCCGAGCCGGACGCGCAGCGCACGGCGCUCAAGAUGAAGAUCAAGCGCACCAAGCCAGGAACCAAGAGCUCGGAGGCCAAGCACGAGAUCGUCAAGUCGAACGAGAUGAACGGCGAGCCCAAGACCCAGGGCGCCGCCGCCACCCCGCCCGCCGCCGCCAAGCGCGGCUCCGGCGGCCACCGUAGAGAUAAGGCGCGCGACAAGCACCACCACCCGCACGACGUGAACGGCGUGGCUCGGCCCGUCGCGCCCAACGCGCCCGGGCCGCCCUUGCCGCCGCCGGCGCCGGCGCCGCUGGCCCCGCCACUCGCGGCUCCCGAGCCCCGCCCCUCGCCCGCGCCGCGGCUCGAGCCCCAGCCCGUCCCGCCCCCUCCCGCGCCCGCGCCGGGGCCCGCGCCCGCGCAGCCCCCGCCGCCGCCACAGCCGGCGCCCCAAACGCCCCACAUGCCCCACACACCCCACACACCUCAUGCGCCCCACGGGCCCACGAUACCUAUCAAACCUGAACCUGACGACUCGCGGCAAGAAGCCCCGAGUUCACAACCACCGGCCAAGAAAAUUAAAACAGAACCUAAGGACACAGCGGAAGUAUGCGUCGGCACGUCAGUCGGCACGAUCACGGAGCCGGAUUGUCUGGGCCCAUGCGAGCCGGGUACCUCGGUCACGCUGGAGGGCAUCGUCUGGCAUGAGACGGAAGGUGGCGUGCUGGUGGUGAACGUGACGUGGCGCGGCAAGACCUACGUCGGGACUCUUCUAGACUGCACACGCCAUGACUGGGCGCCUCCACGAUUCUGCGACUCGCCGACAGAGGAGCUAGACGCGCGGACGCCGAAGGGACGCGGUGCUAAGCGCGGGCGCGGCGCGGCGCCCACCGACAUGACCAACUUCACCGAGACGCGCUCCUCCGUGCACAGCAAGCUGCGCAACGGCGGCGCCAAGGGCCGCCGCGCCCUGCCCUCCCCCACGCCCUUCACGCCACCCCGCCCUGACAACAAAAGGAAAAGAACAUCGGAGGCAUCAGAAGAACGCCCGCCGACGCCAAAAGCGAAGCGCCCGCCCCCCACACCAUCCUCUCCGCCCCCCGAUCCCGUCCUCCUGGAAUGCCCCGAGCCCAACUGCUCCAAAAAGUACAAGCACGCGAACGGCUUAAAAUACCACAGAUCGCACGCGCACGGCUCGCCGGACGAUGACGACAAGGACGGCUCGAGUUCGGAGCAAGAAGAAACCCCUCCCGAACCGGCAUCGCCAGCGCGGCCGCCUUCUGAACCUGCGACCCCGGCCACCCCUGUCAAAUCCCCAACUCCUGCCAAAUCCCCCGAAACGAAGAGCGAGAAGUCUCCGGAGAAGUCCCCUCAGAAGCCGGAGGUGGAGUCGCCGGCGCCGCGGUUCGCGGAGGAGUUCGCGCCGAGCCCGCCGGCCGCGCCGCCCGCCGAGCGCGUGCCGACGCCGCCGCCGCCCGCUACGCCGCCGCCGGAAACUCUGCCUACGCUACAACCUACUCAAUUUAAGGUUAAACCGCGCUCAGCGCUAAUGCCAACAGAGGAAAGCCAACGCAAGUCCGCCGACUCGCCCGACGAGUCGCCAGGCAAGCGGCGGCGCCGCUCGCCGACGCCGGGCGCGCGCUCGCCCGCCUACUCCGACAUAUCCGACGACACGCCCGCGCCGGAGGGCGCGCCGGACGCCGACGCCGAGCACAGGCCCUUUCCGGUCUAUCAUCAGUACUACGGCCAGCCGCCGUACCUGCCGCCGACGCACGCGCCGCCGGCGCCGCCCGCCGACAAGGGCAAGGAGGACCUCGGCAAGGACCCCAAGUCCGACCUCAAGGACGGCAAACCCGAGAACGCUCCCCAGAAAGUCCUUCCGCAGCACUUCUACCCGUACAACUACGUGCCGAAUUUUCCUUACAACGUUGAACCGGGCACUCCGCCGGGUGCUCCCCUGGACGACAAGGGGAAAGAGUCCGAGCGCAAGUCCGCCAGCCCCCUAGACAAGGGAAAGGGGGGCAAGGAGGCGCCGCGGCCGAAUGACACGCAUCAGAUAUUGAAGGAGAGCAUUGAGAUGAAGGCGCAGAUGGGGUCGUAUGCGUUCCAAAGGCCGCCGCAUGCGAGAGAGGAGGAUCUCAGGAGAUACUACAUGAGCCUGGAGCAGCGUCGGAAAGAGUCGGGCAUGGACGUGAAGCCCCCCGGGGCGGCGGCGGGCGCGGGCGGGCGGCCGCCGCCCAGCGCCAAGCCGCCCAAGGACACCCCCGACAAGAAGGACGACGUCAAGGUCAAGCAGGAGGGGCAGAAGCCCACUACUGAGACGCAGGGCCCACCGCCGCCUCCCACGUCGCAGUACUACCUGCCGUACAUGCAGGGGCCGCACUACGGAGCGCUGCCUUUUGACCCGGUGUACCGCGCGCCGCUAAGCCCGAUGCUGGUCCCCGGGUUCGGCGGCGGAUGGACGGUGCCGCGCUACCACGCGCCCGAGGACCUGUCGCGGCCCGGCGCGCCCAACAAGCUGGACCUCAUGCCGCCGCACCAGCCGCAGUACGCCUACCCGCACGCGCAGCACAAGAUACACGAGCUGCAGGAGCACGCGAAGCCCCCGGCAGCAGCCAAACCCCGGCCUGAGCCACCGAAGGAGCCGGCGCGCUCGCCGCCGCCGCAGCGCCACGUGCACACACACCACCACACGCACGUCGGCCUCGGCUACCCGCUCUACCCGCCGCCCUAUCCUGCCGCGGCCGUGCUGGCCAGCACGCAGGCCGUCGUGAACUCGUUCCCCACGCCGCCCAAAUGAGAGCGCGCGCCCUAGCGCGGCGUCCGGCCCGCCUGACCCGCGCCCGCCCCGGCCUGACCCGGACCCGGACCCGCGCCCGCGCCCGGACCGGGCCGGCCUCCGGACCCAACCCCCGGUCCGACCUCCCGAACGUGACUAGUGAAGUGACCCGCGAACCUUGAACGCUAUCGAAUUCGUAUAAAUUUAACCGCGCCCGUAGCCGUUUUCGUGAACUCUCGAAUUCGAAUCUAAUCUCUAUGCCUGUAGCCAUAAUUUGAACACUGUGAUCUCGCGUAACCCACAAGAUGUGUAUGUGAUGUGCGCUUUGAAUGUUAGAAUGUGUCCGAACCGAUAGUUACCUGAAUUCUUUUAUAGUCGGAGCGAGUGUUAUCGAAGACUCUCGGUGAUCGUGUCCCGGCGAAGGAUGACUGACGCUGCCCGCCACUUAAUGUCUAUACUAUACUUUGUUUUAUAUGUUCACUAGUGCGAGCACAAACUAGUUUUGUAAAUAUUAGUGUUAUGUGUAAAUUACCCUACGAUCGUUAGUGUUCCGAGAGGGAUAAUAUUGUGUAAUAUAAACAUCGAAUUUUCCGAUUCUCCCACUGGGCAUUGUACUGAUGUUGAAGCCCCUUCUAAAUUGAUAUCAAUGCGAAUACAGCAUAGUAAGAUCUACAACUGCAUUCCACGAUAACGAAAGCAAAUGUACCUAGUUGUAAUGUUAGUUUACUAAUAUUUAAGUAAUAUAGCUUAAGUUCAAAGGCGUCAAUGUGAUCAUUACAAUAUGAGUCGUAGCGUGCACAAAUCGUACUGUUUCGAUACUUAAUAGUGAGUAUGUAAGCAUCCUAUAGGUCGUCGAGUGUUCGAGCAUCGCUGUGCGUGUAUGUCUGGCUUAUAAUAUAGGAACCGUAACAAUCUCAUAGUCCGUGGCCGUGGCCGAAACAAGGGAGUAGUUGCGCCGUAGGCGCGGAAUCGGAACAUUUCGUGUCGAUAAAAGCAUUUAAACGGCAUAAACCUUAUAUAUCAUUUGUAAUAGUCUUCCAGUUGGUUGAUUUGAAGUAUUGUUAACUGAUUAGUCCUACUUUCGCAUUUCUACGUUUCCUAAUUAUUAAUACUGGAUAUGAGGCAGCCAAAUUAUCGACGCUUUAACUCUACACGUGCUAGUUUAUAGCAAGUGGAGUGAUUUGUAGAGCGGCUCGAGUCACGCGAGUCGAUUGCAUUUCAAUCAAAUAUAAGUAGUGGACGUUUAUAACACAUUUAGAGAUUGAAGUAAAUAUAGUGAUUUGGUAUAAUUUCUUGACAUUUUAGUCAAUGUACGCGUGUACCUGUCUCAUAAUUAUCAAAAACCUAUAUUUGUAUAAAUGCUGGGCCUAAAACCCUAUUUUUAUUGUGGUAAGAUGAGCCAAGUCUGCUAGAGGUUAAUUUUGUAAACCAGUGUUUUAUGCCUACUUAACCCUAAAGGGGACUGUCAAUGCAAUCAACGGAAGGCAUCCAUUGUUAAAUUCAUAUUUAUAACAAUUGGUUUUGGUGAACAACAUAAUAUCAGAUGAUAUUUGAGUUUAAAAGAGCUGUAACAAUAAAUAACUUGUUAACUACAAUAAAUCUGAUUUUGUUUAUGUAAACUAUGUUGAAAUUUAUUGUUUCAUUUGUUCUUACUUGCGCUGUCCAGAACUUCCAGAAAUUUCAACACAAACCAUGUUCAACUUGUAUUCAACCCUUUGUACGAUAUGGUAAAUAAAGUCACCUGAUCAAACAGGUACUUCUUUAUUUACGUCUACAAUUAUAAGCAGGUCUUCCUUCUUUUAAAAUAAGACACUACAUUUUUAAAGUGAGAUUUGAAUACCCUCAAUAAAAAUAAUAAACUAUUACUUUAGUAGCUGACUUUAGAAUUCGGCAGAUGUAACAAAAUCUCAUACAAUAAAAUGGAACUGAAACAUUGUUAUGACUUAUGACUUUAUUGUUAGUGUGUGUCCCCUUAGAUGGUGAUUACAGAUCGGAUCCUUUAGUUGAUUGCACUCUUUGGUAGUAGUUAAUACUAUAAGUAUCAAUAGUAUUGAGUAGAAUAACGGAGUCAUGGCAGUCAUGAUCUCACGCAAGCUGCCGAUGCCGCGGCAGACUGACUGAUUUACUCGUGCCCACGCCGUGACAAACAGAAUAACUUGUAAUAAGCUAAUAAGUGAAAAAGCUUGAUCAUUUGGUCGUUGUUUUUGUUUGAUUUAAUAAUCCGGUAGCUAUUGAGUUUUGAUUGAUUAAUGAAUGAAGGUUUAUAACAAUUCGUACGGUCAAGCUUAUCCAUUUAAUAAGAACAAUCCUGCCCGAUAUUGUAUCUGUUUCUAUCGUAUCGAUUUUAAAAUUGUAAAGGCAAAAUUGUGUAUGUGAGAAACACGUUUGCAACAUGGCAAAUGACUGUAAACAGGUUUGCAAAGAAACCGCUCGUUUGACUUUCCGAUGUGUUUAAGGAAACAAUUGUCUUUCUUUGCAAACGGUGUCAAUGUUUAUAAUAACGUGUGACGUCAUUAGCAAAGGUUCCUCAAUUAUAAAGCUUUUCCAGAGUAGGUUGUGUAUUUAGAUUUUGGUUGAGUUCAAUUUAGACGUUUGCCAUUUUGGUUGCGAAUCUAAUAGUUCUACCGCAACUCGUAAGCGCGAUCGCUCAAGGCAACUUUUUGCAGAAAUACACACAGGGUAUAGUCGUGUUUGACCGACCCAUUCACCUGUUGACGCUUGGAAGUCACACUUCCAUUGAAUAGUGCGUUCUGUGGUAUUGCUGCAAAAAGCUGCAGCGUGUGCCAGCUCUUAUAAGCAAAAGGGUUGUUAGUACUGAUGACGUCACAAGUACGAUAGUCGUCACGUGUGGGCGCGAGCGCAUCGCAAACAUUACGCUUCGAUAAUUUAAUAUUAACGGUACGAAUCGCGACUUGGUAAGAAACAUGAUCAUUGUAUUUAUAAUGUAUCGAUAUACAUAUAAUAUGGACAUUUGUGUAUUUUUUUGAUGUACUAAAGCCAAGUUUGAUUUUUCUUAGAAAAGAAUUCGAAACUUUAAAAAAGGAAUAAUAAAGAUAAAUUAUUUCUUAGAAAA